AUGGAGGACUUCAAUACCCUGUUUUCGCCACCUACACAACUGGAUCUACGACGAAUCACCCUCGUGACGGAUUGUGUUGUGAGUCUAUAUAUUCCUAGGUCGCACCUAGUAUUCCUUUUAAUCUUGUUUACGUUCUUUGACACCUCAGGGAUAAUUGGAGAUUCUCAUCUAAGGCUUAUAUUAUUUCAUCUCAACUGGCGUUUAGUUGGGGAUCAGUUAUCCAGCGCAUCAGAACUAUCACAAACUGGGGAUCCAGUUUAUCUAGCUAACUACCACCCAAGGUAUACUCGUUUCCGAAAAGCAUACAUUUCUAUCAGUCUAGCCCGCGUCAUCCGUCAACAGAUUUCUAACAAGCGCGUUGCGCUGGCCUUCAGAUCGAUCGUUGAAAGAGUUUCGACCACAAUGCCGGUCAUCUCUCGUAUAGUUUCGGUCGUACUCCGUAUAGGAGAGAUAGGCUUCGCUGCUGUUGUGGCAGGCAUCAUCGGUCACGAUGUAGCUAGAACGGAUAAUUUCCCUGGUUUCCCUUUGGGCCGUUGGAUUUACGCGUUGGUGGUGUCGGGAAUCUCAAUGCUUCUAGGCCUCAUUUGGCUCAUACCCUUUUCCGCAACAUUCGUGUUAUGGAUAGCUGAUUUAAUCAUAUCAUGCGCCUGGUUCUCCGUCUUUGCUGUGCUUGUAAAUUGGCUCAACAGGCGUGCCUGUGGGUUUAUCUUCGAUUGGGGCAGCAUUACGGACGGCGGUGUUUGCGAUCGCUGGAAGGCUGCUGAGUCAUUCAGCUUUCUCUCAGCCAUUCUUUGGUUGGUUUCUGCGAUUGUGGGCAUAUGGUUUACUUUCCGCACUCGUGACCGCCGUCCAGUCGCUGGUGAUGGAUAUAGAACUAACCACCGUUUCUGGGGUCGUCGUCAUGCUGUCUAA